AUGUCUGAGAGUACGAGUCCUAGUGUAUUAAGUUAUCUAAGACAAUAUAGAUUUCAAAAGAAACCUACCCCAGGUUCUAGCGGGGUUGUUACUGUUUCAGCAUCAUCAUCUGGCUCUCCAUCACAAAUUCGUAUGCCAGCACCAAGCACAGCAAAUAGAAAUGGACCUAUAGUAUAUAAAAGAAUUAGAAUCCAAGAUUCUGAUUCAGAUGACAACCCAUCACCGGCUAAGAAGGUUGUGGUGGAACUAACAACAGCAGUCAAAGAAAGAAGGUUCCGGAACAUGCUAGAAAUGUUCCCUGAUAUAUCUCCACUAUUUGUAAAGAACACUUUAGUGAAACAUGCUUGGAAUGAAGAGAGAUCUCGUGAUGAGCUCCUCAAGCACGAUCCAGAGAGUAAUGACAGAGCUUCAUCAUCCACAUUCUUUGCUUCCCGUCCGGGAUUUUCUGGACAGUUACCGAGAACCAAUGGUAUGAUAGUCAGAGUUACCAGCGGGCCCAGUGUGGGAGUUAGAAAACCAUUGGCUGCUAAAGGUGGGAGGGCGAGACGAGGUAGUAGCGGCAGUGAAGAUGAUGAUUACGGAGUUAGAAAGGGGAAAGACGAUAGAGUAUAUGACAGUGAGGAUUCCGACAAUGAAGUGACAGAUGAUCUUGUAGGUGAUAAACGAAAAGUAUUUGAGUUCCUUAACACAAGCAGUAUGAAUGAAUUGUCUUUACUAAGUGGCUGUUCUCAGAAGAAGGCGGAAGCUAUCAUGGCCCAAAGACCUUUUAAAGGCUGGGUUGAUAUGGUGGAAAAAUUCAAUAACAACAAGAUGUUGAGCACGGAUCUGUUAAAUUCUACACAAGAGUUACUAAGCACUAGGAAUAAUAUACAGCGUUUGAUGAAGAAGUGUGUGGGGCUCGCACAACAGUUGGAGUCCGCAGUGGCCGCUGGGGCUGGGAGGUUGAAACAACCUGGAAUACUAGACUCUAGUUUGAAGUUGGCACCAUAUCAGCUAGUAGGUUUGAACUGGUUGGCUGUUCUUCAUAAACAAGGAGUAUCAGGUAUACUGGCUGAUGAAAUGGGUCUCGGAAAAACAGUACAAGUUAUAGCAUUUCUAGCACACUUGAAGGAAACGGGCCAGGCUCGGGGAACACAUUUGAUUGUUGUACCCGCUAGUACAUUAGAUAAUUGGAGUAGUGAGUUGGCAAGGUGGUGCCCUUCACUUAGAGUUAGCAAGUACUAUGGAAACCCUGAGGAGAGGAGACAGCUGAGGAUAGAGUACUCUAGAGGAUUGGAUCAGAUAGAUAUCGUACUUACAACUUACACAAUGGUGUCCAGUUGCCCUGAAGAACGUAAAAUGUUUCGUAUAACACCAAUGCACUACGUGGUGUACGACGAGGCUCACAUGCUCAAGAACAUGUCCACACAGAGAUAUGAUAAUCUACUUAAAAUAAAGUCUAAGCAUCGCCUGUUGCUGACUGGGACGCCUCUCCAGAACAAUCUGGUGGAGUUAAUGUCUCUACUGUGCUUCGUAAUGCCUCACAUGUUCUCAGGGAACACUGAUGAUCUCAAGAAUCUGUUCCAGAAGAACGCGAAAGCAAAAACAACCAAAAAGACAAAUGGCAACACAGAUGACGAGGUACCAGCGUUCGAACAAAGUCAGAUAACUCAAGCUAAGAGGAUUAUGAAACCGUUUGUUCUGCGUCGGUUGAAACGUGACGUGUUACAAGAUUUACCUCAGAAGACGAAUCACACGGAACUGUGUCCCAUGUCUGAAAAACAACAAAGACAGUAUAAAGAACUUAUAGCCGGUUUCGCGGCUAAAGAUGGAACAAUCCACGCAACUACGGAACAAAGCGGCAUAUCAAUGAUGAUGGACAUGCGUAAACUGGCCAAUCAUCCCCUACUACUGCGAUAUCACUACGAUCAGCACACUACACGCAAGAUGGCAGCCCGUUUAGCGAGAGACCCAGACUACAAGGAGAAGAACGAACAAUAUCUAUUUGAAGAUCUCAUGUGCAUGUCAGACUUCCAAAUACAUCAACUCACUCAACAGUACUCUUGUAUUAGACAAUAUGCAGUGCCGGAUAGUUUAAUAGAAGAUUCCGGAAAGUUCCAAAAGUUAGAUUCAAUGCUGCCACAACUUCAAGCUGAAGGUCAUCGAGUGCUCAUCUUCAGUCAGUUCACGAUGAUGUUGGAUGUGAUCGAGCCUUACCUUAGAAUGAGGAACUAUAGGUACCUGCGGCUAGAUGGCAGCACUGCAGUCAAUGAAAGACAAGAUCUAAUUGAUCAGUACAAUUCCGAGGAUAUAUUUGUGUUCCUGUUGUCCACAAAGGCGGGUGGACUCGGCAUCAACCUGACUGCAGCGGACACUGUUAUUAUACAUGAUAUAGACUUUAAUCCAUAUAAUGACAAGCAGGCAGAAGACAGAUGUCACAGGAUGGGUCAGACUCGUCCAGUCACUAUCUACCGUUUGCUGAGCGCUGGCACCAUUGAAGAAGGCAUCUAUCAAGUUGCUCAGGAGAAACUUAACUUGGAGAAACACGUCACUGGCGCUGAUGAAAACGAAUCCACGGAGCAAAAGAAUGUCGUCCGCUUGUUGUCAGCGGCGUUGGGUCUGACGUCACCGAAUAAAUGA